GUGCAUUUCACGGCGGCGGCGGCGGGGGGACUGUGCCUGGUGGUAUUACGGUAGGUUGGAGCUUGUCUGGCGGGUGGACGGGAAAGGCUGUUACUCUGUGAGCUCGACAGCGGCGUCGCGAUCACAAACAGACGAUUUGAAAAGCAAGGAAUCAAUUUGAGAAACCGGCGUCGGGAAGAGAGAGGCUGGCGGGGAGAGCUUGUAUAUAAAUGGGAACGAUCGCGGAAAUGUAAUAUGUUGCCUAAAAUACCCACUUUGUGACAGAGGGGGAUAAAUGGCGUCUAAAGUGACAGAUGCUAUAGUGUGGUAUCAAAAAAAGAUCGGUGCGUACGAUCAACAGAUAUGGGAGAAAUCCGUGGAACAACGAGAGAUCAAGGGCAUGAAGAACAAACCAAAGAAAACAGGCCAUGUAAAACCAGACCUCAUAGAUGUUGAUCUUGUAAGGGGAUCUGCUUUUGCUAAAGCAAAACCAGAAAGUCCGUGGACCUCAUUAACUAGAAAAGGAAUUGUGCGAGUUGUGUUCUUUCCAUUCUUUUUCAAAUGGUGGAUACAAGUAACCUCAAAAUGCAUCUUUUCAUGGCUGCUUAUUUUAUACCUCCUUCAAGUUACAGCAAUCAUAUUGUUUUGCACAGCUGAAGUUACACAUAGUGUACCGCACACUGAAGUAUUUGGGCCUAUCUGGUUGAUGUUACUGCUUGGAACGGUACAUUGCCAGAUUGUAUCAACGCAUACACCCAAACUUGCAACAAGUAGUGGGGGCAAGCGAAGAAGGAAAUUGCGGAAAUCAGUUCAUCUAGAAGUACACAGAGAAGGGGAGGGCUCUAGUACAACAGAUAAUACACAGGAGGUGCACCACCAGUCUGGCACAGAGACCAGUUAUAAUGUUGGCAAAAUCCUCCGAGACAUCUGGAAUACUUUUUCUUUUCCAGGGUCAAAAAAAUUCAAGCAAUCAAUUGACAAAUCAACAGAGACAGACAAUGGCUAUGUUUCUCUGGACGGAAGAGUGAGUAACAAAAGCCAUGAAGAUGGAAAACUAUCUCAUGAUACCCAUUGUGAAGUAGUGGGAUCUAAAGAGUACAACAUGAAUACAGGAGCAGAACAAAAUUCACAAACCCUUCUAAAACAGAAAGAAGGAGCUAGAGCAGUUGUAAAUGUAUCAGAUGAUGUUUCAAGUGAUGAAGAUGGGGAAGCUGGAGUCCAAGCAUUCGCACAACAUCGCUGUGUUGACCGAACCUCAAGUGACUGUGUAUUACGGAACAGAAAAUCUCACCAAUACAAAAGACACUACAUUGCUGAGGAGAUUGCUAAAUCUGCCACUAGUUGCAGUUCACGAAGUUCUAGGCAAGAUUCAGAAAGCACACGCCAGGAAUCGGAAACAGAAGAUGUAUUGUGGGAAGACCUUCUGCAGUGUCCCGAAUGCCGUACUUCCUGCACUAGUGAGACAGAAGGAGAGAAUAGCCACUUGACUUCCUCUGGAAAAAAGGAGUACCGAGAUGAUCCAUUUCACCUGAAUCAUGUACCAUGGCUUCACAGUUCCAGUAUAAGCUUCGAAAGAGUAAGUGCAAUUGUCUGGGAAUGCAACGAAUGCAAGAAAGCAGAUAUGUCUGUGAUGGAAAUCAGUGGCAUGAUUAUGAAAAGAGUUAACAGCUACAAACAAGGUAUUGGUUACCAGCUAUUUGGGAAUUUGGUUUCUCUGAUUCUUGGCAUCACACCAGUUUUGUUCAGACUCUUUCAGCAGAAGGAUGUAGAGCAACUCGUAUCCCUGUCUGCUGCGGAACUCUUUUUUAUUGCAUUUGGUUCAAAUGCAAAUCUAACUGUUAUGAUCAUCAUAAGCUUUGUGGUGCGUGUGUGCCUCAUGUGGAUCUUUUUCUUCAUGCUGUGUGUAGCUGAGAGAACAUAUAAACAAAGAUUGCUAUUUGCCAAACUUUUUGGCCAUUUGACCUCGGCAAGACGGGCCAGAAAAUCUGAAGUUCCACAUUUUCGUCUCAAGAAAGUGCAAAAUAUAAAAAUUUGGCUUUCAUUACGUUCAUAUCUCAAGAGACGAGGUCCUCAGCGAUCAGUUGAUGUUAUUGUUUCAUCUGCAUUCUUGUUGACUCUAUCUGUGGUAUUUAUUUGCUGCGCACAGCUGCUUCAUAUCCAUGAAACUUUCCUUGAUUUUCACUACAAUUGGGAGUUGGUGAUCUGGUGUAUCCCAUUAACAUUGUAUCUAUUGAGAUUUGUCAUGCUUGGAUCUGAGACAAAUAACAAAUACAGCAAUACCUCAAUAUUACUGACAGAGCAGAUUAAUUUAUAUUUGAAGAUGGAAAAGAAACCUAACAAAAAGGAAGAGCUAAACUUGGUGAAUAAUGUCUUGAAGCUGGCAACAAAGUUGCUGAAGGAACUGGACACCCCUUUCAGACUAUAUGGACUGACUAUGAAUCCGCUGCUGUACAACAUCACCCAGGUGGUGAUCCUGUCAGCUGUGUCUGGUGUUAUUAGUGACCUUUUAGGCUUUAACUUAAAGCUCUGGAAGAUAAAGUCCUGAUAUGGCGUGAAUAUCAUUGAAACGCAUCAACCCAGGGAAAUCAGGCACAGCUGAUUAUUCCAUCUCUAAUAUAUGGAAUUGCUUACAUUUGGAAAAAAAAUGUGCAAUGUAUAUUUUUAUUUUAAUGUGUUUCACAUUUUAAUGUUGUGUUUCAUUGUUUUUGCACUUAUUUUAGUUAUCAAAUUAUUUUGAUUUCUAGGUAUUACUCUGCGUUCAAUUUUUUAUUAAGUAUGUAGAACAAAAACGUUUUGAUAUAUUAUCUUUACAGCAAUAAAGCUUUUUACCUCCCUUCAUGGAAGGUGUUUUGAUAGAAGCAACUUUAAAACUAGAAAGAAAUGUAUUUAUUCAAAUGAUGGACUGUUAUCAAAGCUGCCAACCAUGCUUCCACACUUCUAAUGGACGUUUUAGUAUGGAAUUGAUAUCUAGCUAGCUAUGAGAUUAGUAGUCAUGUUUGCCUACUCUAAUUUAGAUAGAGUGGUAUGUUUGAAAAUGUUUAAAGUGCAUUUUGAUAUGUAAAAUAAUAUUAUUGCAGAUUUAAGGACAUAUACUAAAAGUGGUGGUACUUUCAUUGUAUGCUUUUGGAUACAUUGAAAUCUUGUGGUUUGAGUGCAGUAGAUUCGGGCAGGUAAUGGCAGUAUGUAUACAUAGUAAUGUUAACGGUUACAAAGCAAACAUUUUGUCUGGUAAACGAUGCUAAACUGAUUUAUGGUUGGAAUUUAGAAUUGAUAUCAAGGUUUCUUUCCAACAGGACAUAUAACUGGCAUCUGCCUUUGAAGGAAUAAGCAUUCUGUGACUGACAAAUUAAAAAUGUUCCCCAUAAUUGUAUCUGAAAUUUAUCAUUUUCUAUUUACCUGUAUGUUGUUUAUUUAUAUUAUGCAGAUACUUUUAUGGCACAGUCGAAAUAGGAACCGGUUACUAAUUCAAGUUGUGUAGUCAAUAUUUUAUAUCUGAUGCAAGGUAAUGAAUGUAUUGGAACUGAUCUUGCAUUUUUCCAAUCAAAUUCAUUUUGUAUAAUCUUUAUGAAAAUGAAGAAUUCAGAUGUACUGAACUGAAGAAUAUUUUUGUGCUAUUUGUGGAAUAAACCAGAUGUUCCAGAGCA